AUGUUUCUUUCCAACAACCUUUUCUUGGCUCUCAGCCGCUUCGUAAGCCUCCAUAUUUCCACCUUUUUAUUCUCUCAAUACUUCUCUAAUAAUCACUUCAUAUUUCACAGUGGACAUAUUAAAAGUGUAUCUGAGAGACCACAUUGCUCACUGUUACCACUCUUUCCUGUUCUCGCCCCUUUUCUCUCUCCCUUUCUCCCUCCCCCUCUCUCUCUCUCCCUUUCUCCCCCUCUCUCUUUCAGUGUCUGUCUCCUAGUCGACAUACUUCAGCUUCUUACUUCUUCCUUUGAUAAGUUGUUUUCUUUUUUUUCCUCUCUGGGUGUAGAUUUUUUUUUCUUUCUGGAAUCUCAUAAACGAUCUUUAACUCACUUUUCUUCACUUACUUCGACUCUAAUUGCUUCGUUUCUUCAUUUCCUUUUCUCUUCUGCAUCUCUCACUUUUAUCUUUCUCUUCGUCUGUCUAUCUAUCUAUCUAUCUAUCUAUCUAUCUAUCUAUCUAUCUAUCUAUCUAUUUUUCGUUGCUUCUGGCCCGGUUGCAAACAGUGGAUCGACACAGCCAAAAACCGAAGAGAAAAUUACAGCCCCUCCAGGCUUGGCGUUCUUUUGGCGUCAAUUAGGAGAUGAAAACCCCACCCAAUUUCUUCCUCUAACUUUCUCUCUCUCUCUCUCUUUCUCUCUCUCUCUCUCUCUCUCUUUGACAUACUUUACCUUCUCUCUCUUGCACAAUGAAGCUCUUUGUAACAAUGUCACCCAUAAUCUAUCUGUUUCUUAUUUCUCUGUAUCUUUAUUUCCGUCUCUUUUUCUUUCAUCUGACUUUCUUGUUUAG